AUGAGCGAGGAUGCUGAGGCUGCCGGCAAGCCCGCUUUGUUCGGAGGAGCGCAAGGCUUUUGUGCCACUGUCAUCCCGCAGCUCAUCCCCUGCUGCUUUGUCUUCACUUGGCCCGCCGAUACCGACCGUGAGCAGCAGUGUGGUUUGUCAGUGUUGGACUGCAACCACCACCAGCAGCAGCAGCAGCAGCAGGUCGGCACCAUGAGUCUGUACGGAGCUGGUGCCAGUGGUGGUGGUGGAGCCAGUGGUGGUGGUGCCAGUGGCGGCGGCGGUGGAGCAGAACAUCACCGGGAGCAACGGCGGCGCUCCAGCGACCGCUCCCGCGACUCUUCCCACGAAAGAGGAGAGAGCCAGCUGACGCCCUGCAUCAGGAACGUCACGUCCCCCACCCGGCAAUACGACCGUGAACGCGGCGACGGAGGCUCGUCCUCCAGAUCCUCCAGCCCGCGACCUCCCAGGGUCUCUCUGCCCUACCCCCACGUCGGAGGAGCUCUGAUCGGGGGACACAUACCUCGGUCCCUGGGUCCUUUCGGAGGAGACCACCACCCCAAGAUCCUGGGCCAGGGGCCGUGCGACAUGAUCUACGUUUACGACCUCAGCAGCAAAGAGGCUCACCGCAGCGGGCAGCGAGUGGGAGAGAGAGUGACGCUUAUUGUGGACAACACCAGAUUCGUGGUGGAUCCCGCCAUCUUCACAGCUCAACCCAACACCAUGCUGGGCAGGAUGUUUGGUUCUGGGCGGGACAACAACUUCACACGACCCAAUGAAAAAGGAGAGUUCGAGGUGGCUGACGGCAUCAGCUCCACCGUCUUCAGAGCCAUCCUGGAUUACUACAAGUCGGGGAUAAUCCGCUGCCCUGACGGCGUUUCCAUUCCCGAGCUGAGGGAGGCAUGUGACUACCUCUGCAUCUCCUUCAGCUACAGCACCAUCAAGUGCAGAGACCUCAGCGCCCUGAUGCACGAGCUGUCCAACGACGGGGCGCGGCGUCAGUUCGAGUGUUACCUGGAGGAGAUGGUGCUGCCGCUGAUGGUGGCCAGCGCUCAGAGCGGGGAGAGGGAGUGUCACGUGGUGGUGCUGACCGACGACGACGUGGUGGACUGGGACGAAGAGUACCCUCCGCAGAUGGGAGAGGAAUACUCGCAGAUCAUCUACAGCACAAAGCUGUACCGCUUCUUCAAGUACAUCGAGAACAGAGACGUGGCCAAAUCAGUGCUGAAGGACAGAGGACUGAAAAAGAUCCGGCUGGGAAUAGAAGGAUACCCCACUUAUAAAGAGAAAGUGAAGCGGCGUCCCGGAGGUCGCCCAGAAGUCAUCUACAACUAUGUGCAGCGCCCUUUCAUCCGUAUGUCCUGGGAGAAGGAGGAGGGGAAGAGCCGCCACGUGGACUUCCAGUGCGUCAAGUCCAAGUCCACGACCAACCUGGCAGCGGCGGCCGCGGACAUCCCCCAGGACCAACUGGUGGACAUGCACCCUCCGGGGCCGCAGGUGGACGAGUUGGACACUCCACCGCAGCCCGGCGCCGUCGACCCCCACCAGCCGGGGCCGGGAGUAGCGGGAGCGAGUCCGGAGAGCGCUGCUCUCCAGCUGGCGCAGGGCUACGAGGGCCUGAACCAGCAGGCUCAGCAGGCGCACGACGCCGUCAGCCUCCAGCAGGCUCAGGACCUCCAGAGUCAGGCCUCACACAGCCUGGUCCACAACAACCAGCAGCAGCACGGCAGCAGCAGCUACACUCAGGCCACCUACCACUAUGAGCCAGACCCUGACACACCGUCCCCCUCUGCAUGAGACUGGCUGCACACUUAACCCCCCCCCGCCCCCCCUCCCCUCUAAAAAAAAAGAAGAAGAAGAAGCUGCGUCCACACUGCCUGCAACAAGCACUUCCUUCCUGUACAUCAUUACAUGGAGCUAAAUUCAGUGACAGUGAAGCACAGAUAUGAUUGGCCUCUAACAGCCAAUAAGCACACAAACCUUUCAGCUCAAAUUUAAAACACUCGUUGCUGUCAGUAUGAACGCAGACUUCCACCUCCCUCCUCGUCCCCCACAGUCCCCUCCCCCUCCCCCUCCUCCUCCCGUGUGGCAAAACACCACUUUGCCUUUUCGUUGCACCUCUGCUGCAGCGCCCCAGUGAAACGAGAAGCGCGGAGCAGAGAAGAACGGACAAAGCACAUCGUCAGGCCUCCUCACCCUCCUCUGUUCACUUUAGUCUUUAUUUAUCCGACCAAAGCAGAGCUCAGAGUGUGAUUCUAUAUAGGGGAAAGUAAAAAUCAUAUUAGAAAGAAGUGUGCGUUACGUGUGAGAGUGUGUGUGUGUGUGUGUGUGUGUGUGUGUGUGUGUGUUUGUGUGUGUUGCUGCUGGGGUCAAUUCUAUAUAUUCAAAGGGCCAGUAAGAGAAUUUAAGGAUUUUUUCCCAGCGUACCAGAUGAAAAUGAGAGUUUAUAAAGGCAAUGUUUCACUCCUCCUGUUUAAUUUUAUUUUCCAGUUUUCAGUUUACCGUUGACUCCAUGUUUCCAUGUCUUGUUUUGAGUCCUGACUCGACACCGCACAGGUCUAUCACUGCUGCUGCUGCGAGCACACAGGAUGUCAGAAGAGAUGCUGAACACGAUGUUUUGUUUUUUAAAAUAAAUAUUAU